UGAAAAUUUCGCAAAGUAAACUUUGACCUCGGAUAUGGCGGAGCGGUCGGAGUCGUUCAAGCGAGCUGCGUCGACAUGGCGUGAGCGGGAGGAUGAGGCUCUUGCAAACCAUCUUGGCGAACACUACUGGGACGAGAAAAGGUCGUGGAAUCAGCACUCUGCACGCAUGUCUGCGCGAGACAGGCGAAUGGCUGUUCAGCGACAGCAGACAGAAGAGGAAGAGCUUCGUAGACAGCGGCAAGCUGAGGAGGAGGCAGCGGAGCGUGCACUGCAGGAACUUUUGGCCAAAGAAGAAGAAGAAGCGCGUCUGGAGCGAGAGCGGCAACAGAGAAUCGAUGCUGAAUUGGCAGCAAAGCUACAAGAGGCCCACCUUGAGGAGGUGAAGAAGACGGAGCAACAAGAUGAGAGCUUUGCGCGCCAGCUGCAGGAGGAGGAAGCGAGACUAGCUGCAGAGGCGGAAGCAAAACGACAGGACCCAGACACAGUUGCGGCGGACGAGGCGCUGGCGCGGCGGCUAUCGGAGCCAGCGUCCAUCCCGGAUGAGCAGCUGGACAGCGACGCCGAGCUGGCGCGAAGACUGCAGGAGAUCGAGGAGCACGGCGUGCGCGCACAACACGCACAACACGUGCGCCAGGGCCGGGGGCGGCGGAGUGCAGGUGGCAGUGGCACGCAGAGUGGACGAAGCAGCGCAACAGGGAGGCAGCAGCCCGUGAGCGUGGACGGCGGGGAUGCGGAUAUGGACGACGACGACGAGGAAGCAGAGGAGUUUCUGGACUUCACAGCCGCGAGCGAGGAGGAACGCCGCUUCCUGCAGAUGCAGCGCAGCUUGCUUGCGCGGGCGCAGCGAGAGAAGCGAGACGUAGACCUGGCACGCAAGCUCAACGAGCACGCCCUCGCAUCUGCCCAGGAGCAGCAGGAGCCCGCUCAGGUCCGCCGACAACGCCGCAUGCAAGCGCGCCAGCAUCGACAACAGCAGCAGCAGGAUGAACAGGAAGCAGUCACUGAACGGAGUGAACGAUCGGAACAGACUGGCCAUGAUGCAGCGUCAACAGACGUGUAGCCCGCAGUUAUCUUAAGAGCCGUUUGUGUCGGCUGAUGUCGCCUGCUGCUGUCGCCUGCUGCUGUGGUGCCUUGUUCACAAUACCACCUCCACGCCAGUUUGCCACUCUGCUCUUUUCCUCGACCUGUCCAUAACCGCACCCGCAGAUUUGUUGAAAGAUACACAUAAUUUUCGUGCCGCC